AUGUUCUUUUUCCAUCUUGAAUUAAUUAUCACUCAAACGGAGGUCCUGGUGUCCCUCUCCGGCACGCACACCUUUGGCGUCGCCCACUGUCCGGCCUUCGAGAACCCGACCAUCGACCGCAUGUUCACCACGAUGCUGCGGAACAAGUGCGACAAGGACACCCCUCGCGGCACCCUCAAGCAGAACCUCGACGUGCGGCCGCCGGACGUCUUCGACAACAAGUACUGCUUCGACCUGAUCACGAGGCAGGGGCUGUUCAAGUCGGACCAGGGCCUCUUCGACCACCCCACCACCAAGCGCAUGGCCACCCGCUUCUCACUCAACCAGGAUGCCUUCUUCGAGCAGUUUGCCAAGUCCAUGGCCAAGAUGGUCAACAUGGACCUGCUCACAGGCGACAAGGGCGAGAUCCGGGCCAGAUGCACCGUCCGCGGCACUCCCCCACGCAUUGAGGCUGGCGCCGCCGGCGAUGGCGAGGGGAUCGCCGCCGACAUGUAA